AUGGCAGCCCUUUACUACGGCAUCGGCAAGAAGAAACAGCUAGCCCUCGCCGCCACAGCGAGCUUCGUCGCCUGGGGGUACGCAGUCGACCUCCUCCCUGCCUUGCGAUGGGCCGGGUACGCCUUCAUCGCUGGCGUCACACUAUCACUCGCGGCACUGCUCGCCCUGACGGUGCUGACAUCCCGGAGCGGGUACCAGUUGCGAAAACUGCGGAGUAUCACCAGCCGACCGAAUGGCGCUUUAUUCACUGGACGAGAGAACUGGAGGAGGGAAGUUGCGGCUCUGAGACAACGACAGGGCUAUGAGAAAACCUCGCUUUGCCCUGACAGUCCCAAGGUGGCGGCGGCGGUGGAUGAGGUGCUGGGGUUUGUGAUUAGGGAUUUCAUCCGGGUUUGGUACGGGGGUAUCAGUUCGAACCCGGUGUUUGAGAAUGAGGUUGACAGGGCGAUCAGGGGGGCGCUGCUGAGGGUUAGGGAUCGUUUGGCAGAGGUUGAUUUGGCGGGGGUGGUGACGAUGAGGUUGGUGCCGAUUUUGACGGCGCAUUUGAGGGACUUUGGGGAGGCGGAGAAGUCGGUGAGGGGGAGGAAGCUGAACAGGAGUGUGACGGAGACGGAGGAGUUGGAUUUGGCGAUUGCGAGUAAGUACCGGGAGGGGAGGCUACAUCCGGCGGUGGGGUUGGGGUUUAGUGAUGUCAAGACGGCGCAGCAGGAUUAUUUGAGGGGGUUGAUGGGACGGGUUUUGCCAAAGGUGCUGGGGAGGGAGGUGUUGGGGUCGAGGGCGGUGGGGAUUGUGGUUAGGGAGAUUGUGGCUUGUGCGGUGUUGGGGCCGGUGAUGGGGUUGUUGGCGGAGCCGGAUACGUGGAAUCAGUUGAUGGAGGGGUAUGGGAGGAGUAUGCUGCAGGAUAGGUCGACUGUGAGGAAGCUGAGGGCGGCGUUGGAUCAGCAUGCUUCUCCUGCGCCGAAGACGGGGGGGAAGCAGGUGAUUGCGUUUCCGAGGCUGGGGGUGGGGGAUAGCGAGAGACGGUUUGAGAAGUUUGUGAGGGCGAUCAGGAAGGUGAAUAACCUUUCGGAUGCGAGGAGGUUUAGGAGCGAGGUUGCUAGUCAGUUGAAGAGGGAUUCACAACAGGAGGGGGUGGAUCAGGUUUAUAUGAGACGGCUGGAAAUGGGGAAGAGGUUGUUGGAUCAGAAGGUGCAGCAUUUGGCUACUCCUGGGGAUAGGAGGGGGUUCCAGCCGCAGCAGGGGGGGAGCAAUGUCGUGCCUAGUGAUUCCAAGCUGGAGAAGGCUUCUCUGACGGAUUUGUUGAGGGACCCAUCGGGGUUGUCUUAUUUCAUGGAGUAUAUGGAUAGGCAGCGGUUGAUGCCGCUGGUCCAGUUCUGGCUCGUGGUGGAUGGGUUUCGGAAUCCGCUCGAGGAUGAUGGGCUUGAGGGGGAACAGCUGCCGCUGCAGCUACCGCCAUGGACAGAGUCGGAUCGCCUUGAUCUUGCACAGAUUGAUGCUGCCUACCUCAGCCGGCCUGAGCUCAAGGUCCCCGACUCUAGCAAGAGGAUCAUUUCCGACUUCCUCAAGGCUGGGAAGCGGGCCACGCCGGAGCAAUACUACCGCGCUCGUCGUGAGAUUCUACGGGCUCAGAGCGCGGUUCUGGAAGAGAUGCGCGUCAAACACUUUCAAAACUUCCGCAAGUCCGAGAUCUUUUACAAGGCCCUCGCUGCAGAGGAGGCCUCAAGACGCACUACCGCCUCUGUUCCCACCACAGCACUUCCCCGAGCGGCCUCAUAUGCCGCCCCAUCAUCAUCAUCAUCAUCAAAACUACACCCCGUGUCUCGCCUAGCCCCUAGGCUACAAACCAACAAUAACCCCCAAAACAACAACCGACGAGCGGGCUCGGCAACCGAUCUCCGGGCCAUUUCCUUCAACUCUAACGGAGGGAGCGACCUCGGCCCUUUGAUGAGCUCGGUCCCUGACCUCCGCGACAUCCGCCGGUCAGGUUCAUUGGACGAGGGUCGGGGGUCUUAUUCACCCAACCCCUUAUUUGACGACGAAGUAGGAGGAACAGGGGAUAACGACCCCAUGGCGGACUCGAUCGCGAGCCUGGACCAAGACAGCGGCAGUAACAACAAUGUGCCAGACACAAAAGUCGUGCAAGCGAUGGAGAGGGCGCUGAAUAAUAUUCUUGAGGACAGCCAGCAGACACCACUAAAGGUGGAGGACCUACACGGCGGUUUAUUUGGGGACGAAGACGCCGACAACGGCAACAUGGACGGGGGUUUAUUCGGGACAACUUCUACCACCGCAGCAGGGAAACAGCGGGCUCCGUCAGACGAUAGGUCUGCCGCCAACAAGCGUGGGAGUAUGGACUUGGCUACCCGAUCAUCACGUGGGUCGUUGGACACGACAACUACUACUACUGCUGCUACUAUUACUCCUACUACUAUUACUACAAACAACAACAACAACAACAACAAGAUGGAGAAACCGUCACUCGCAUCGUUGGGUCUGGUGUCGGCAGCGUCAAGGAUAGGGGUGUUUGUGGAUGACGACUUGUUUGGUGACGAGAACAGGUUCUUGUCGGACGAGCCCUCGGACGUUGACGAAGCUAAAGACUCGGAGGAUGACGUUGCUGCUGUUCACCUGGCCGCUCCGGGGGAUUUGGGCCUGGCGGAGGCGAUCACCAGUCUGACGAAUGAGAUUGACAAGCUGGUCACGCAGGAGGCGGUGGUGGAUUCGUUGCUGAGGAAGGCGGAGUUGACGAAUAAUACGGCGGAGCUGAGGAUCUUGAGAAAGAGCAAGGCGUCGCUGCAGAGGGAGCUGAGACGAAAAGAGCUGCAGAGGAGGCAGUAUGUGAUUCAGGAGAGCGAUAAUAGCUUGUAUGGGAGGUCGACGGUGAGGAUCCUGAGGGAGAUUGAGGUGGGGAGGGACGAGGAGGGGAAGGAGUUUGCGGUUUAUGCGGUGGAGGUGUCGAGGAACGCGGGGGAGAAGAUGCCGGCGGCGAGGUGGGUGGUGAAGAGGAGGUAUAGCGAGUUUUUGGAGCUGCAUCAGAAGCUGAGGGGGGGUUACCCGAGCGUGAGGGGGUUGGAGUUUCCGAGGCGGAGGAUGGUGAUGAAGCUGGAGCAGGGGUUUUUGCAGAAGAGGAGGGCGGGGUUGGAGAGGUAUCUGAGCGAGUUGUUGUUGCUGCCGGAUGUUUGCAGGAGCAGGGACUUGAGGGCGUUUCUGAGCCAGAGGGUGAUUGAUGGGGGGAGUAAUGGGGAGGGGAGCAGGAAGGAUAUGAUCAGUAGGUUGUAUGACAGUGUGGCGGAUGGGAUGGAGGAUAUUUUGGGGAGUAUUCCGGUUCUGGACCAGCUCAGUCUUGCGGGACAGAACCUCAUUGCUGCUGCUACGAGUCAACUGUCACAGCUGCCUCUGAACGACGAGACGGUUUCGGGCACAGGGGUGGUGCUCAAUGCUGCAGAAGCGGAGGCGGAACUGAACGCUUUUGAGAAUGGCACUGGGGCAGGGAAGGAACUGGAACCGUUCGUCAAGCCCAUCUGCGACAUCUUUUUGGAGGUGUUUGAGUUGAACAAGGGGAACAACUGGCUGAGGGGGAGAGCGGUGGUGGUGGUGCUGCAUCAGUUGCUGGGCGGCACGAUUGAGAGGAAGCUGAGGGACAAUGUCAAGAUGCUGGUGGGGGAGGAGCAGAUACUGCGGUAUGUGGAUAUGGUCAAGGGGGUGAUGUGGCCUGGAGGGGAGAUGGUGAGGGACAAGGUUCCGAGGACGAAGCAGGAGAAGUUGAAGACGAGGACGGAGGCGAGCUUGAUGCUGGCGACGCUGGUGCCGGAUUUGGCGGGGAGUGUGGUGGGCAGAUUGAAUGCGCAGGCGGCAAGCAGGAGGGUUUUUGCUACGUUGAAUAAUGGGAGGUUGAACGCGCAUCUGGCAUUUACCUUUCUGGACGAGAUCAUCGACAUCCUUUUCGAAGGAGCCUAGGACUUGAGAACAUGGUUUAUGUCCUGCAUAUGAUUUAUUACACUAGUAGUAAUGGACUGGUCAGGUCAGGAGAGGUCAUGCGGCAUUGGGAAUUUCCGGCUUAGUUGCAUAGCCAAUGGCGUUUUACUAUUUUGGCGGCUAUGAUGUUGUCGAUUGCUUCAUAGUAGAGGGUAGAUAUCUAUCUCCAUAACACACGCCACGGGCAACGCGGCAGACAGAACUGUACAAAGACUUUAUCAGACAAAAUUCAGGUAAGAUGCAGAUCUGAGACUCGAGGCUGGGGAAACUGUGUCCUGAGUGAGAUGCAUACCAGCCAGUGUUUUUUGUACCGUGUGAGAAGUGAUACAGCCGAGUGUUGAUCGUGCCACAAAGGCUGCUUCUCUAGAAACUGUUGUACGGACC